AUGCACAACGCCCCGUUGCCCGUCGUCUCCUCCCAGGACGCCAACGACGAUGAGGACGAGUGUCCCGUCUGCCUCGAGCCCCUGUCGUUCUCCUUCAGGCUACCGGGCGAGAAGCCACAUAUCGUCCCCGAGUGCGGUCACGCUCUGCAUGAGGCAUGCUUCACCGCCGUAUAUGGUCCGCCUCCAAACCAGGCGCGCGGUCUCCCGCGCAAAUCCAAUCUCGGUGUCUGUGGUGUCUGCCGACGUCCGAUGAAGGUCGGCGAUGGCGACGGCGGAAAGUCGAACAAGUUGGCCCUGCUGACUGGCAUGGGCGACCGCAAUGCUCCCACCGUCUUCCCCGGUCGCGACACACCCACCGCCGGACGAAGGGGGACCAAUGCCAACAAGCCCUUCGACCCUACCGAAGACGAUCCGCUGGAACAUGCGGGCUCCGUGAAGUCCGGCGGUGGUGGCGAUUCCUCCCCAUACAUUGUCGCGCCAUCUAUUCAAGUUCGCCCUGAAUUCUCAAGCCUCACGCGUACCAACGAUCCCAGCCAACCCCUCACAUGCAUCGUCCUCAUCGAGCUCCCCGGAAAGCGGGCAACGUCCGGCGCCGCCGUUCCAGGCCCUAUCCUCCCGGACUCAUACUCUGCGCCGCGCCAUCAACCCCAACAACACCCACGCCAGCCCCGGCAAGCCCCUCAGCCACCAGUGCGUCGCGAAAUGUCGCCAGCGCCUCCUCCACCGCCACCACCCGAAGACAAUCCGUUUAGUGCUAUAACGGAAGACCUGCGUAAUCGCAUUACCGACUGGAAAGGACACCCUCUAUCCGACCUCGGACCUCUGCAAAUGUACGACCUGCUCACUGUGCGACGCGAUAAUGUCGUGCGGGAGUUCUAUGUGUACCUCUUCAAGGAAGCCCUCAUCUGCGUCGUCGAAGAAAAGAAGCGCUCCCUCGGCCGCCUGCUCUCUGACCCAUCCCUCAUAUCCUCAUCCUCCGCUAACACCGGCUCCGUAUCUUCGAAGGGCGUCCUUCGUCUCAAGGGCCGUAUCUAUGUACGGCACAUCAAGCAAGUUACGGCGACUAGUGCCGCUGGCGAGAUGAGCUUGACUAUCGACAUGGAAGACGAGCUAGCGUCCUUCAUUCUCAUUUUCAAGGACCGCGGCUCCUUGGAAGCGUGGCGAGCACGCAUCGAGAGUCUGGUGCAGCACUUCCAGCGUCUCAAUGGCACGUAUCGGUCGAACGAAUCCGAGCAGUUGGACAUGGAGGAGUUCGGCGGCUCUUCCAAGGCCAUGCGCAUGCUUAGCGGCGGUUCUUCGCAUACCAACGGAUCGACUACAAGCACAAGCACUAUGGAUUCGUUACUCGGCGGCGCGACCUCACGCUCAUCAUCAACCUCACAUGGCUCAGGAUACCACGCAGGCUCUAUCCAUGGCAGCAAGUUGUCUACCCUAGGGGAGGACGAGGAGUACUACGACUCGAACUCCUCGACAGCCGCGAAUUCCCCAACAGGGCUUGUAACGCCCUAUACCUCGAACGGGCCGUCCAACUCCCUCACCCCCCUUCCCCACCCUCCGCUCGACCUCAUCCUCGUGAUUAGCUUGCCACCACCCGGAAGCCCAGCAAGCACCGCGCAGCUCAAGUGCCGCGUGAUACGCAACACCCUCGAAUUCAUCAUGGGCAACCUCGGGCAAAAGGACCGGAUUAGCUUCGUCACCUUCGAAGUUGGCGUGGGUGGCCGGGUGCGUAAGACGCCGUUCCUCAGCGUCGUGCGGGCGACCAGCAAGAAGCGGCUGGAAAACUUUGUGGAAGGUAUCGUGUUUGGGAGGAUUCCUGGUGAUGACUCGGGCACGAUCAACGACGAGUUCCUGGUCCGGGGUGCGAAGGACGAGAAGACGGAUGUGGUGACGGCAGUUAACCAUGGUCUUGAUGUUGUGCUUCAGCGCAAGUCGAAGAACCCUGUGUCCGGCAUGCUGCUCAUCUCCGACGCCGCGGAUAGCACAAGGAGGGCCCAGAUGGACCUUGUCUUGGCUCGCGCGGAAGCAGCCAACGUCCCCAUCCACUCCUUUGGCUACGGCCGCUCGCAUGAUCCAGCAUCGCUCUGGCUCAUGUCGAACCAUACCUCUGGAACCUAUACCUUCGUUAAGGAUUGGUACGACCUCCGGGACUGCAUUGCAGGCUGCGUCGGCGGCAUGAUGAGCAUCGGUCUUCUCAACAUGAAGCUCCAUAUGCGCAUUGUUGACCAGCAGCGCUUCCGCAUACGCAAGGUAUCCGGCGGACCCAGCAGCAUCCUCGCGAGCGACGGCAUGCACGUCGACGUCGAUGUCGGCGAGCUGCGAUACGGCGAGCGCAAGGAGAUGCUCAUCGAGCUCGAGCUUGACAACGCGGACAUGCAGGCGAAGCGCGCAGCGAUGGCCCGCGGGGCGAACCGGCGGGCGCUCAAUGCGACAGACCAGUUCGUGGCGAGCAUGGGCUUAGAUGCAUUGAGCAUCGACGAUGCGCCUGACUUUGCGGACGGCAUGAUGGACCGGAUGAUUGACGAGGUGCCGGUCGUCGAGGUCGACGGCAGCUUCUUCGACCCUGCCGCUGUCAAGCACGUCACCCGCCUUGCGCAUCCGGUCCUGUUGACCAUCACCCUCCUACCGGCACCCUCAGACGGCUCCGCCCCACACCAGCCGAGCGGGGUGUCCGACCCCGUUAUCGUGCGCCGGCGAAUGGAGCUGCUCGCGUCGGACAUGAUCACCCGCGCGCUCGUCCUCGUCUCGCGCCGCAACUUCCCGCAGGCGCAGAAGAUCCUCGGCGAGACUAAGCGCAUCCUGCACACUGUGCUGCAGACGAUCUCGCGUGCGCUGCCGCCGCCGAAUGCGAACACGGUGCGGAACCGGAAGGAGAUCUUAACGCUUGGGGCGGUGCGCGCGAUGCAGGCGAUCUUGCAGGACUUGCAGAUCCUGACGGAGGCGCUGGAGGAUAAUGUGGAGUUGUUUGCCCACGACCAGCGAAACUUCGGGGCUCAGCAGGCCAUGAUCCUGCGCGACCAGAAGAGCUGGAGCGGACGCAGCGCGACGGAACGUCUCUUUUGGACGACGGAUAACUCGAUAGAGCUCGUGUCCCGGAGCGCCGACUGGGUCGCGAAAGACUAG